CCUUUAACCGUAGAUCUUUCGCUCCCUGAAUUUCCUGCCUUAACUCUGCUUCCGCACCUCUCAACGUCCGCCACAACCCGCCGCCGCCAUGUCAACACUUGAGGACCUCGACGACCUUGAGCGCGAGCAGAAGGAGGACAAGAAGGACGACAAGAAGAAGGAUGGAGAGGAUGGCAAAGAUGGCAAAAAGUCCGACGGCGACGCAGAAAUGAAGGAUGCGGAGCCGGAGGAGGAGGAGGAGGUGCUGGACGAGGAGAUUCUUAACCUUAGCACACGAGACAUCGUCGCCCGGAAGCGGUUACUGGAGAACGAUAUGAGGAUCAUGAAGAGCGAGUUCCAGAGGUUGACGCACGAGAAAGCGUCGAUGAACGAGAAGAUCAAGGACAACCUCGAUAAGAUUGAGAACAACAGACAACUCCCAUAUCUCGUUGGCAACGUUGUGGAAAUACUAGACCUUGAUGUCACCGCUGAGGCAGCAGAAGAAGGCGCAAACAUCGACCUGGACGCCACCAGGGUCGGCAAGUCAGCAGUCAUCAAGACGUCCACACGGCAGACUAUCUUCCUCCCUCUCAUCGGCCUCGUAGACCACGAAAAGCUCAAGCCUGGCGACCUCAUCGGUGUGAACAAGGACUCCUAUCUCGUGCUUGAUACGUUACCCGCGGAGUACGACAGCAGGGUCAAGGCUAUGGAAGUCGACGAGAAGCCGACAGAGAAGUACACAGAUGUUGGUGGUUUAGACAAGCAGAUUGAGGAGCUCGUCGAGGCCGUCGUGUGGCCCAUGAAGGAGGCCGAGCGGUUCAAGAAGAUUGGCAUCAAAGCGCCCAAGGGCGCCCUCAUGUACGGUCCCCCCGGUACUGGUAAGACGCUCCUUGCACGAGCGUGCGCCGCCCAGACAGACGCCACCUUUCUCAAACUCGCCGGACCGCAGCUCGUUCAGAUGUUCAUAGGAGACGGUGCGAAGCUCGUGCGAGACUGCUUUGCCCUCGCUAAGGAGAAGGCGCCGUCAAUCAUCUUCAUCGACGAACUAGAUGCCGUUGGAACCAAGCGAUUCGACUCGGAGAAGUCGGGAGAUCGAGAAGUGCAGCGAACCAUGCUGGAGCUCCUCAAUCAGCUUGAUGGUUUCGCAUCCGACGACCGCGUGAAGGUGCUUGCCGCCACAAAUCGAGUCGAUGUCUUGGAUCCCGCUCUGCUGCGAUCAGGUCGACUGGAUAGGAAGAUCGAGUUUCCGCUCCCGAACGAAGAGGCUAGGGCACAGAUCCUUCGCAUCCACUCCAGGAAGAUGACCGUAGAUGACGGUGUCAACUGGCAAGAGCUGGCGCGUAGCACUGACGAGUUUGGUGGGGCGCAGCUCAAGGCUGUGUGUGUCGAGGCAGGUAUGAUUGCUCUCCGUUCAGGACAGCACAAGAUCAGUCACGAGCACUACGUCGACGCCAUAGCGGAAGUUCAGGCCAAGAAGAAGGAUACUGUGAACUUCUACGCGUAGUGGGGCGGCGGCUGUACCAGGGUAGUUGCAUGUGCGCGCUGUCACGCCGCGCUUGUAGGAAUAAAUAGCGCUUAACGACGAGAAACCAAGGCAGCAUCAUUCCAUGAUUUUCCGAGCAAUAUCGUGGGGU